AGUUUUUAAAGGUGGAAAAAAGUAGCUUUAUGUACAAAUUUGCAAUUGAAACAAUUCGUGUGUAUAUAUUUGGCAUGUCAGCAUCUCACCGUUUGAUUUAUAUAUCAAAAGGAAACAAAUUGGCAAUAUUAUGUAAACAUUUAAUUGUUUGGUAUCUUUAAAUGUUUUGAUCGAACAGCGUGACAUCAUAACCACGAGCAUUUCGAGUUUCCUGCGUCCCUAGUUACUUUGUACUUCUUAACAAUGGAACGUGCACGUCUCUCAUCUUAUAGUUGCGUGAAUCUAAUAUAUUUUAUAUUUUUUAUGAGUUAUACUAAUGCCUUAACACCACAAUGUAGAAAUGAAAAAGGAGAACCGGUGGAUUGGUUCUAUGUCUAUAAACUACCAAGAGAAAAAAAUCAUUUGAACCCACUAGUGCGACGAGGUGUUGCAUAUAUGCACCUUACUCCAUCAAAACUCAGAGGAGGUUGGAUUAUGUCUGAUUUAUCUAUUGGAGAUCCACGGUCAAUGGUUGGGAGAACAUUAGCUCCACUGUACCAGGACAAAAAUAUAAUAUCCGUUGUGUACAAUGAUCAGCCUCCAGCAACAGAACAUCAACCUGAUAUUUUGCAAUCAGUUGCUGAAAUGUAUUCAAAAAGUAAAAAAGUACAAAUGAAGCAAGCAGGCGUAAAAAAGUUCAAAAAGUUUAAGCUGGGCGAUAAGUAUUAUGAUGACUAUGAUUUAGCUGAAAUGUGUAAAAUGCAUUCAAAGUUUAUGAAGAAUAGAGUAGAGAAAGGUCACACAAAGGGAGUUGUUUUAGGAGAUAAAUUCACAGCUCUGUGGCUGGUACAUUCUGUUCCCAGAUUUCCUCCUAUUCCAGAUAUGAAUGGCUUAAACGUAAGCUCAUAUAGCUACCCAAGUACAGGUACGAAGUAUGGCCAGACUUUUCUUUGUGUGUCAGUUCCUACAUCGACUCUCAAUCAAAUUGGAACACAAUUGAAAUACAACGAGCCUCUUAUAGUACACAGCCACAUACCACAGGAAUUUGAUAGCGAGCUGCCUAAUUUGGUAGAUGUUAUACGAAAUAAGACCGUUGAUACCGGUCCUUGGUACCACAUAGAAAGUUUUGAAACUUUGGUCGGUCGGAAGUUUCUUUCGUUUGCUAAAAGCGCGAUGUUCAACGACGAUUUGUACAGCGGCCUUGUCGCAGAAGUGUUGCAGUCAGAUUUAUUAGUCGAGUCUUGGACUAACGGUCCUGGGACUUUGGACUCGGAGUGUACCCGAAAUUUCCAAGUACGCAACAUAGAGCGUCUCAAGUUCUCGAUCGCGAAGAUGUCGUUCACAUCUCACAGCGACCACUCCAAGUGGACGGUGGCUGUGGCGCACAAAAUGCACAACAGCCAGGACGCCAAAGUGGCCGACUACUGGGUCUGUGUGGGCGAUAUUAACCGAGCGUUACCACAAGAAUCUCGUGGCGGUGGAACGGUGUGUACUUCGGGUCCAAUAUUAUGGGGAAACUUUGCACAUCUCAUCGAGUCUGUUCAAACUUGUAACUGAAUUAGGAGAUACAUUAUUAUUAAGGUUACUUUUAGAAAACUGUGAUGUAUAGGUUAGGAUAUUUGACACAUAAUUAUGAAUAAUGAUUACUUUAAUAAUAAGAGUAAUUGUUAUGGUAACUACUGUUAUGUUAUUUGUAACGUUACUAAAUAUUUUGAUAAAUUUCUAAAUAUUUAUGCUUUAGAAGAAUGGGGUAUUAUUUAUGACUAGGGAUAAUUGUGACUACUAUUUUGUAGUUACAUAAUGCUACUAAAUGUGUAUGCCAAACUUUUACAGAUCUGCGAAUAAAAAUUUUAAAACUAUCUUUAUUCAUAUACAUACUCGUAUAUUUUUCAAUAUAAAAAUCAGUGUGCUAAUAUUGUAAAUAGUUUUUCAUUAUAAGUUAAUUUUUAUAUCGAAAGUUUCUCUAAUUUUUGUACACUAUAAAAAAUUGUAAGAAUUUAUAAUAUGCUCAACUUAAAUAUUCAUAAGAACAAAACCAAUAUUUGUAAGAUAUGCAAUAAAUUUAUUUUAAACUCA